UUUUUAUGCUAAUUCUUUUCAUAUUACUUGGCAUUGUCAAGGAUCAAAUGAAAUUCGACUAUAAUUAUACUCCAUGAUUCACAGUGCAUUGCAAGUGUAAUGCAGUUAAAAUGGGUGCUUGCAUGCUAAUUAUUGAUGUUGUUUUUGCUGGGAACAUGAAUGGUGAAGAAUCGGACAAGUAUGAACGGAAGAGGCUGUUUGAGGGAGAGUGAUUGAGUAUGACGAUGAAUUUUAUGCACUUCAUCGAUUUAAUUGCAAUUGGGCCAGAGAAAGGUGCUGAGAUGUCUUUAGUAUGGAUAUUGUUACUGCGCUUGUUUUAUUUUUCUGGAUCUGUUUUUUCAUUGGAGGACAGCUGCAAUGCCAGAUGAGCACAUCCUGCCUGUAUAAACAUCCUGUAAUGGAAGAUAAACAUGGUCGAUCAACAGGGCAAAGCCCUUCUGCAUCAAGUGGUUUGCCAUCGAAGAAGGAAAAGAAGAAGCAGGCUAAGGAAGAAAGAGACAAAAAAAAGCAAGAAGAAAAAAAGAAACGGCGUCUUGAUAAGGCUGUUGCAAAUUCAACUGCAAUCAGGAUAGAACUGGAGCAGAAAAAACAAAAGAGAAAGGAAGAAGAGAAGAGGCUUGAUGAAGAGGGUGCAGCUUUGGCUGAGGCUGUCGCAAUGCAAGUACUUGGGGAGGAGGAUGAGGUAAUUCAGACCUUGGAAUCGGAUUUUACAAACAGAAUACAUCAUUUCAGAUCAGGUUUAAGUAUAGGAAAGACAGAAACUGGGCAUCGAGUUGGAAUCAAACAACGAGGCAAUACUGGGAGAAAUUCAGAAACAGUGGUUGCCAGGAAAAGUGAUGAACAAGCUUGGAACAUGACCGCAAUUUUGGAGGAAAGAUUACAAAUGAGGAAUGCAGAACCUUAUUCUGCCGAAAGUGGUUCAAUUGGUGAAGCUGAAAGCAGCAUAGAGGAGGACUUCCCAGUAACCAAUGAGAGAGCAAGGGAUGCUGAAAUAACUGCUGAGUUGGCUGCAGCACGAGCUGUGGCCGCAUUACAGAUUGCUGAAGAAGCAAGAGCUGAGGCAGAGGCUGCAAAAAUGGAAGCACAGUUGUCCAUUGCUAAUGGUUGGGGGAAGGGAGGCUAUUCAAACUCAGACAGAUUUCAAUAUAAGUCUGUCUUACCUCCUAAGAAUGCAGAGGAGGAAAGGGAUGAGCUGAAGGUAAAAGUGCUAAAGAUGGAGUGCAUGCUUCUACAGAAGACAAGAAUGAUUUCUCUGCUAGAGCAAGAAUUGGAACAUGCCAAGCAACAUAUGUCAGAAUUGAUCCAUUCCAUGACAACAAAUUCAAGUAAUAAUGAUGUGUCUGAGGGUAGUAUUAGGAGGGAAUCAGAAAUAUCAAGUAUCACAGUUACAAAGUCAUCUGUGGACUCAGUUGAUCCACAAGACAAAUGGUGAUUUCAUGGAAUAUGGUAUGAUAUAUUUACAGUUGAUUGAUGUAAAAUCAGGAUGUUUGUAAUGAUAAAAUGAAAUCUUUCAAUGUCAUGAUAUUACGUUUUAUUAGCAGAAACACUUGUAGCUGUUUUAAGUGAAAAUUUUCUGGCUUUAGGUAUAUAUAUUAAACUGACUUUGUUAAUGUUUACAAUUAUUUAAGAAUUCCAUCUCUGUGCUGUAGGCAACACCAAGCAUAGCAUGGAAUUCAUAAUCUACUCUUCUUCCAAAGUUUCCUUA